AUUGGCUGGUCCUAAAUAAUUUUGAUUAGGUUUGGUUUUUUUGUGUAUCGAAAUAGAAUAAAAAUGAAUGAAGCCGAUAACUAUAAUAUAAUAACAGAUCCAGCUUUAGUGAAAAAUCGUAUAUUUGUCGGAAAUCUGCCGGUAUGCACGCGAGAGGAGCUGGCCAGCAUAUGCAUUCCCUACGGCCAAGUCCUGGGAUCGGUGGUACAGAAAAAUUUUGGAUUCGUGCAGUUGGAGUCAGAGGAGGUGGCCAACAAAUGUGCGACAGCCCUGAACAAGUCCACAUUCAAGACAAAAAUAUUAAGAGUACGCAACGCGAACAACAGAGGCCCAAAGGGGGUGAAUGCAAACGGAAAUCCAAAAAACACCCAGAUGCCCCAUGUUCCUGUGACAGUUCAAGGAGGCAUUGUGAUGUCCGCAGCGGCUGCAGCAGCCGGAGAGCCAGUCAUAAAUGAUUGCGAGAUCAUAGUGGUAAAUCGGGAUAAUACAAAAUAUGCGGAAUACAUUGAGCACCGGCUGAGGAGUAUGGGUAUGCGAGUGGAUGUUCUGUUUCCCAAUGCGGAAGUCAUGUUGGGCAAGGUGUUGGCCAACAUUUCCUCUCGUGGCUGCCUUUACGCUGUGCUAGUAACGCCCCAGCACGAAUCUCUCAAUAGCAUAACAGUUAACAUAUUGUAUGGAGUCCCUGCGGAGCAUCGCAACAUGCCGCUCGAGGAUGCCGUCACCCUAAUCGCCACAGACUUUAGGCUGAAGGCUCAGCGUGAUGCAGUAAACACGACAUCUAUUCCAGCUGCGAGGCCCCACCACCAAAGACGACAUCCUGACCAGAUGCAGCAACUGAUCGACAUGCUUGCAGACAAUCGGCCGCUGACGGCCUUGCAAUACGAAUGCAUAAUCAAAUAUGUCGAAGUCGAGCGCCAGGAACAGCUGAAGAGGGAGGUGGGCGAGGUCAACGCCGCUGUCAAGCUUCAGGAGCCCGAUCCAGAUAUUGAGGCGCAGAAGAAAAUUCUUAGUAUUAUGAACAGACCUGCGGUGACCGAAACGGACGUUGAGCUAAUGUAUCCCAACCUGGAGGCCGUUAAGGAGGACAAACGGCUCAUGGAGCUUCUGCGGGACGAGCGUGUAAUGGCAGCAAUGGAGACUAUUUUCAAGAGCGACACUUUAUUAGACGCUGUAGCCGAAUUUCUAUAAGUUCUCAAAGUUUAUUAAUAAAAUAUAAACGGACUA